UUGAGAAGAUGUGGGAUGACAUUGAGCUUUUCGAUAAUACGGAAACGCUGAACGUAGGCGUGCAAGAAUAUGGAAGUGCCUUCUAUCAAGUCAACACACUGGUUAAAAUCUCAUCCUCAGAAAAGGUCUUGUCUAAUCCCAAAUUACAAGCCUCUAACUUGAGCGAUGGUGUCGUUUUGGUAGCUGACACGUCAGUGGUGAUGCUUAAUGCUUGCCACUCUCCUUGGCUGUUGGAUCAGUUUGAAACUGAAGUUGAUAUUGUCGGCUUGUGCCAAGAAGGGCGCUUUCUGGUUGUUGGUGAGAGAAGUGGCAACUUGCAUCUUAUUCACGUGCCAUUGAAGCAAACCCUGUUAACUCGUAUGCUGGUUCAGAUGUCUUCAAAUGACAGGACUUACCUGAAUCUCAAUCUAGAAAAAGAUCACGCUGAUGCAGGUACCUAUCAUGCAUUUAUUCUUACCAAAAAUGGAGUCUUCUGUAUUAUGCAUCUCCCCCUUGGCAAAACUCAGGAAGCAAUUGAUACCCUGGACCUCAGUACAGCAAAAAAGCUACAAGAGCAGGUGGAAACGUGUUUUAUUUCUACGGAAGAGUAUCAUACUGCUGGUUGUCUGACUUCUGUGACUAGAUGCAUGGCAAACAAGAUUGCUUUGAUGAUUGGGGGUUUAGGUGACUGCGUGAUAUCCAUGUGGGAGGCUGAUCCUAAUAAAAAACUAAUAUCUCUUCAAAAUGUUCUUGAUUCAAGCAUGAUCAAAGCUGUAAAACAGCUUCAGGUUGUAGAUAGUUUGUUGUACACCUUGGAUGAUGAGAAUGUCUUAAGCACGUGGGAUGUUUACUCGUUUACUAUGAUUUGGGAUUGGCCUUCACUUCACAUAGAAGAAUUUCUUCUAAUGUAAGAAUCAGAUUGUUCAUCAAUAGCAGGCCAGGGUAGUGUCGAUCAUAAACUGGUAGCAUUGACGGAACCUGAUGAAGACAAACAGAUGAGGAACAUUGUGGUUUUUUCCUUACCCUCUAUGCACCAACUCUACUCUUUGGAAGUGACAAACGUUUCUUCACUGGUUCGAAGUGGAAUAAAUACGGAUACAAUAUACUUUUUCGAAGGUAUCUACGAAAAUAAGCAAAAGUCUUUGGAUAUUCCAGUCUCCUUUCUGGUAAUGAGGUGCUUAACAGAAGCUGUUCCUGAGGACAGACUGAGUCGUUUACUUCACAAGAAUAAAUUUACUGAGGCUGAGAGUUUUGCUUUUCAUUUUGGACUAGAAGUUGAGCUUGUUUAUAAAAUGAAAGUGAGCUCUAUUUUGGAAAGAUUGGCUUCUGAAUAUGUAGACCAUGAUGGACAAUCACAUUGGCUAGAACAUGUGGCUCAAGCUAAAGAAAACUUAAACAAAAUAAAGGAUAACGAGUUUGUGGUUGAGUGCUGCAUAACUACCCCUUGGCCAACAUAUGAAACAGCACAUGAAAUGCUCAACUACGCUGGAAACAGGGUGUCGAAGAGAGAUGUCACAACCAUUGCCUCUCUUUCUAAUAGGAAUUCAGCAUAUCUUACAAUGGUGCUGCAGGCACAAGCAAGGCUGACAACUUUUUAUGGAGCUUUUGGUCCAAAAAAAUUCAGUGGAACCACUUGGCUAAAGUUUCUGAACACUAAAGACAUCUUCAAGGACAUCGUUUUACAGCUGAAAGAAGGAAAUCUCUUUUCUGCAUCCUAUCUCUGGAAACGACAUCAGGGAGAGUUCACAGAACAUUUCAGUGUGGCAAUGCUUGAGAACCUGCUUGACUCAAUCUCUACAACCAUUUCCCGCAAGGAGCUGUGUUUGUGGUUUAAAGAUGGGAUCGUUCCUUUCAUAAAUCUGGCUUUGCCUCAAGGACAGAAAAUAAUAGCAAAAUGGCUGGAGCAACAAGCUCGAGAUCUUGAGGUAACUGACAAGGCCAGCUGGCCAGAAAAUGGACUUGAAAUGGCCCAGGUAUUUUUUACCAGUAAUCCAGAUAAAGCUGGAGUUUCGUCUUCAUUGUGCUGGACUCUCUGGAACGAUAAGUGUGAGGAGGUCCGUCGCUUAGCCAAACUGAUCCGAACUUUACAAGACUUGAUAGAUCUUUACAGAAAGUACAACUGCAAGCUGACCCUCUGUGAAUUUGAAAAGGAAAAUGCAAGUACAGUAGUGUUCCGUAUGCUUGAUAAAGUUUUGGUGGCAGAACUCAUUCCAGCAGCUUUAGAGAAAUUUAUUGAGCCAUAUAUGCGCCAGCAUGAUCUACAAAAAGAUGAAACUCUCUUGCAGUACAUAAAGGACUUGCUAGAGCACUAUUGUACACAGUCGAUGUCUGUCUUCGAUACUGCGUGGGAAGCAAAGGCUAUAGCUGUCUUGGGCUGCAUGUCUAACACAGACUUGAAGUUUGAAGGGGUUCUAGCAAUAAUGCGUAGCACUGUGGUUCCCUGGAGUCCAGGAGUGGAGCGGCUGGCUCAGGAAUACCUAGGAAUGGAUCAUGUCAAGGUGAAGCUCCUGCAGGAAGGUUAUCGGCUGAUGGAAAUGAAGACAACUCUGUUAAAUUAUGGUAUCAGAGAUACCAAUCUUUUAAAUGAUAAGCAGGUGAUGCUGAGGGUGGCAAAGUACAUUGUUAAACAGGGUACCUCUUCUUCGUUAGAAGAUGCUUUGAAAAUAGCGAAUGUGUAUAUGCUGCCUACUACAGAAGUCUAUAUAGUGAGGAUUAUGGACCUUAUUGAUAAAGACAAGGGAGAAGAAGUCUUAGACCUGUUGAUAUCUCUGCCUCCUAUUGAAGCUGUGGAAGUGGCAGAAAGAACAGUGAUCCGUGCGAUGCUGUUAUUAGAGCACAAAAUACCUGACUUCGAAGAGGCACAAAUGCAGCUGUCUGUGAAAAAGAUGGUUGUGAACAUCCUCAAAUUCCUACUGAGCAUUCAGAAAGAAAAUCCUGUGAAAAAAGCAGAAUAUGAAACAGAUUUAGAUGUGUUUAAAACUCUUGUUACCUUGCAGGAGAACUUUGAUAUCAUGAUUUCAGCCCAGGAUUAUGAGGACCCAACCCUAAGAUCUCAACUGCUUGAAGAGCAUAUUAAAACUUACAGAAGAACUCAGGGAUCUAGAAAAACACAAGAAGACGAUGUCAGUUCAAAGGACAGCCACAUCAAGAAACCGCUGUCAGAGUUGCGACUUUACAGACUGGCUUCACUCUUGCAACAGGGCAAGCUGGAAUUGGCAUCAGAGCUGAUGCUGAGAGCACUGGAUGACGGACAAGUGGAAGAGGCGCUCCAGAUAUGCAGAGAUUUUUAUGAACGCCACCACGACAAACAAUCAGGAGAGCUGCUGUUUUUAGCAUGUCAAAAGCUCUGUCACGUGUUUGAUUUGCAUAGCGUGACGGUCACGUAUGCAGGAUUAAGUCUUCCAGCUGUGGUCCACAACAUGGCAUGCCAAGCAGCAACUGUCUGCAGCCCCGAUCGUUUAUUAGAUGUAGCAGAUAUUUGUAGGUAUACCUCGCUUGCCUAUGAAAUUUACAACAAGUGCCAAAUUGAAGACACUGGAGUUCUAUCAAAGGCAAUGUCUUCUGGGGCUGAUAAAGACCCAUACACAGAGUGGACUUUUGAUGAUUUUUUCAUUGAAGAAGGAGCAAUCCUGGAUCCACCUGUUGUACUUCCUGCUGCCUAUGAAAUUGCCUCUGGCAUGCUGCCUCUCACAGGGAAGAACCUCUGCUUGCCCCUUAAGGCUCCCAUGUCUGUUCUGCUCGACAAGUUGCAAGAAUGUAGUCAACAUGAAUUGAGCUUGAGACUGAUUAACACCUCUUUGGGGUCUGUCGUUCAGCACGUAAUAGGAAACAUCACGGAUGUUGACCUGUCUGCAAAGCUGUAUAACCAGGAUACAGUACAGGAUGCCAUAGGAUGUCUCACUGCAGUGAUGCACUAUUCUGAGUCGAAGAUUAAAGAUAAUGUAAUGGCCCUGCUGCACAAGGUUUUCAACAGUCGCUACAUAGAUCACAGUCUGGCACUAGGCUACUGCUCUAUAUUGACCAAAAAAAUGAUUUAUGAAUAUCUCUGGGACAUGAUCAACAAAACGUGGCAAAAUUACAGCAAGGUUCUGUCAGUUGCCUUUGUCGGAGCACAACUUGCCAGUCGCCAUGAUGAUGUGGAAGAAAAGCAGAAAUUUGAAGAAUUAAUGAUUGAUGCUGAAUGGGGCGAACAGCUUGGAAAACUUGGAAUCUCUUUCCAGAAUGUAUUUAGAAUGCCAUCUGUAAGGAAGAAAGAGCUUCUGAGAACUUUGGUUGAGAAUUCACAUGUGAAAACGGAUCUCAUAUUAAAAUACUGCAGCUCUUUCCACUUGGACAGUGACGCAGCAUUGCAGCUUUACGUUGAGGCACUCCUCCAAAAUGCCAGAGCAAGUUGUGUUGAAGGGGAACCUACAAGGGAUACUGGGAAGCAACCGCCUGCCUCAAUAGUGGCCAGAGCCACAGAAAUCAUCCCCUUGCUGGGAAGCACCGACGACUUAGUUUCAAACCUUAAUGCCAUGUUGUACAAGCUUGAUCCGUAUGACUAUGAAACUAUUGAAAGUCUUCUGAUGAUUGUAGAGAAGGCUGGUGAGGAAGCAGCAAGCAUCCCAUUGAAUAAAGCCCUGGUGCUCAUUGAACAUUUAAAAUCCUACAAAAGAUUUUCUGCUCCUGGAGACCUGGAACAUCAAUAUGUGUUCGAACACGGUAUUCCUUUAUCACCAGCUGCUCAAGCCAGGCUGCCCUUCCACUUGAUCUUCUUCAGAACUUCACAGUGUUUCUGGAAAAUAAUUACUCCAGAACUGAAUGAGGAAUCGUUCCCCAAGAUUUUUUUGAUCUCCAAAAUCAUGAAGGUCUCGCUGGACACUCUCCACAUGUGUGCAGCUACUCGCGCGUUCCAAGAAAGGCUGAAGCCCAAAAUGCUAGAACGGAUGAGAAGUGGAUCUCUGCUGGUAGCUGACAAGGAAACAGAUGAAAUCAUCAGUGCCAUUCGGUCUUACUUGCUCCAUAUAGCUAACCCGGAGUGGUCUGCAGCAGUAGCACACAAGAUGACUCAAGAACUCCAAUCGGGACCCAUCAAAGCCGAUGCAUUGAAAUUCUGCAUCUAUUUGGCUGGAAAAUGGCUGACUCAUAAUGAUGUGCAGGAGGAAUAUCGAGAAAAGGCUCGAGUGUUCCUGAAAAAGAUGGAGGCGGAAUACAGCAAACAAGCCACAGAGGCUGUGCUCAUGGCCCACAAGCUUAACUCAGAGGAGUACUGGAAGCUGAUCGGCAAGCCUGCCAGGCUGGUGGUGCUGCUCUACCAGCACAGCAGCAUCACUGAAAUAUUUCAGAAUCCAGCCGGCAGCAAUUACCCAGAUAUCCACGCUGCGGCAAAAGAAAUAGCCGAAAUUAAUGAUCUGGAUAUAAAGAAGAUUUGGGAUAUAGUGCUGGAAAAAUGGCUGUGUUCAAAUGAAGCACCAACAGAUAGAACUUCAGAGAUUAUUGAAAAGGCAGAAGAUGAAAUCUUCAAGAGACUUGUGUACAUCCUGCAGCUGCAGCCAGCAGAUAUAGGAUGCAGAAUCCUUUAUGAAUGUGUAACAUCCACAACAUCUCCUAUUGGGGAAAACCAGCUGACAUUUGCUCACAGAAGCAGAGCUCUCAAGUGCCUGAUCUAUUUGGCAGAUGCUUCCACUGUUGAAUCGCUCUUCAGAAAACCUAUUGAGGAAGUAAUGAUUUUUCUGAAAGCUUUAGUUUACCUCGCUGAAUUUGAAAUCCUCAACAUUCCAUACACAUACGAAUCAUUUCACAAGGCUCCCAAGGAAGGCAUGAUCAAGGGAUUAUGGAAAAACCAUAGUCAUGAGCCCAGGGCAGUGAAACUAGUAGCUGAGCUGAGUUUGGAGUAUCAAGUGUGGGAUGCUCAGCUGUGGAAUGGUUUGCUGCAAAAGCUGCUUAAUUUCAACACGGUCGAUUAUCUAAGGACGGUUUUGGUAAAGAUUACGGGGAUCCAUUCGUUAUGGCAGAUUCCAAACUUCACCCGAGCUUGGCAGAAUGUCAUUCUCACACCAUUUAAUUCAGCUUCACGUCCACCAAGUCCUCGUGAAAUGGAGGCAUGUUGCGCGUCUUUCACAUCACUGCUGCGGUGUCCUGUCCUGGCUCAUCUAGAUGUCAUUAGGAUUGCAAAAAAGUGCAUGGAGUUACAGCUGCUGGCUCUGGCUUUGGGGUGUCUCUGGCUGAUCCCUCAGCCGGAUAAAAGAGAUCAACAGAUUAAAGACUUUUUAGCCUCUUACCAGCCGGAGGAGAUCUUGCACCAAGUCAAGGAGCACAUGGGCCACAGCGAACUGGCUUGCUUUGCUUCUGAGAUCAGGUAUUUGAUUCUUGAGUACACAAUAAAAGGCAAAUGCUUUGUGGCUGCACAGUACCUUCCUCACCUGAAGCUACAAGAGAUGGGGGCUGAAAGGUUGAAAGGGCUGGUAAAAUACCUGGCAGAUGAGAACAGGGUGGAUGAUGCAGCAGCCAUAAUAAAGGAAUGUCUUAAAGAAUUUGGAAAUCCUGAAUCAAACCAGCCAUCGUCGGAUAUUGUAAAGAUGUUCCUCUGGAAGGAAUAAGAUCUAUCGCC